ACGAUGAUUGGUAUGAAAAGCAAACUAAAGUAUCAGAAAGGGGAGGGCUAUGUGUUUGAAGCCAUUACUAAUCAGAAAAUUGAGAAGAAGAAAUUGAGGUCCCGUUACACAUAUGAGCCAAGGGUAUAUGUGAGAACACCUGAUGAAGAAUUGCUGGAGUUCAAUGGAAGUGCUAUUUUGAUAUCAGGAAAGUCCUUCAAGGCCUCAGGAUCAUUGAAUAAAUUGACAAAAGUACCUUACAAGUUUAAUGGUAAGAUUUUACUGUUUAUCAUGCAGAUUUUAUAAUUUCUUUAAUAUUCU